GUGAAAUAAAGCAAAAUGUCUGGUCGUGGAAAAGGUGGCAAAGUGAAGGGAAAGGCAAAGUCCCGCUCCAACCGUGCCGGUCUUCAGUUUCCAGUGGGCCGUAUUCACCGCCUGCUCCGCAAGGGCAACUAUGCCGAGCGUGUUGGUGCCGGCGCUCCAGUUUACCUGGCUGCCGUGAUGGAAUAUCUGGCCGCUGAAGUACUCGAGUUGGCUGGCAAUGCUGCUCGUGACAACAAGAAGACUAGGAUAAUCCCGCGUCAUCUGCAGCUGGCCAUUCGCAACGACGAGGAAUUGAACAAGCUGCUCUCCGGCGUAACCAUUGCCCAGGGUGGAGUUUUGCCCAACAUCCAGGCUGUUCUGUUGCCCAAGAACCGAGAAGAAGGCUUAAACGUUCCAAAAACAGAGCCAACUACAUACUUGUACAUAAAAACAAACCCAACCGUCCUUUUCAGGACGACCACGUUUUUACCAAAGAAUUGUAAAGAUUUUCAAAUAGUGCAUAUAGCUAAUUAUUACUUGUACAUAAAAACAAACCCAACCGUCCUUUUCAGGACGACCACGUUUUUACCAAAGAUUUGUAACAAUUUUCAAAUAGAGCGAAGGACUAAGGCAAAAGUAUUUUUAUUUAAAUGGGGAUUUUGCUAG